CCUAUUUCAGUACCACAUAUUCAUGGCAGAUGGCGCUGCAUGUACGAAAAACAAAAUUAAUUUCGCGCAACUCUUCAACCUUCGCAGUGUUUUCAACGUUUUUAUCGCGAUAACAACCGUUAGAACUGCAGUGUUUCAACAAACAAUUGUGCACAAAUAAACAACAAAUCAAACUCUAUUCCGGUACAAUCAUUAGCUAAGACUGUUACUCUUUACUCCAAACAAUAUUGAUCGUGCAAACUGAGUGUGUUCGCUGCGAUAUUCACGAUUUUCAUUGUACCGGCGUGCGGCUCGGCUAAAGAGGUUACUUGCUGUUGUGGCGCGAAUGCGCACCGAAAACAAUCUUAUCUGCGACGUCAACAAGCAACACAAAACAAUGUCCGCGAGUCUACUACAGGAAAUAGAAAAAAUCGACGCCAUCAAAUGGCACACCAUUGACGGUGAGCAAUUAAACCUAAGCUACGCUUCGCUAUUCCACAAAGAUCUCGCCGAUCGCAUAUUCACCGAACUGGAAACUUCGACAGAAUACUACGAUGCGGAUAUGUGCAAGGUGCGUGUAUUCGGCAAAUAUCACAACAUUCCGCGUAAACAAGUCGCGCACAGCGACCCGGACCUAGUUUACCGGUUUUCCGGCAGUGUGGUACCUGGUAAACCAUGGACGCCAUUACUAGCAGCCAUCCGGGAUCGUGUUCAACAUCUGACGGGCGGUGUGAGAUAUAAUUUCGUCUUGAUUAACAGUUACAGCACAGGUUGUGUCUGGCAGUCCGAUAAGCUGUAAACUGUACUUUCUAUGAUUACCUGAUGCACUGGUAAGUUUGUAAACGUUAUUACAUUAUACUUUCAUAUUUAUCUAAAAUUGCAUGUAACGUGAAUACCGUAACAACACAAAAUUGAUGCGUGCCGUCGGAUGCGACUUGGAUUUACCCGCAGAGUAAGGUCAUGUCAAUUAUCGAUUUAAUAACGUGAAAUUUUCCUUGCUCGCAUUUUUAUUUUUAUUUCAUAAAUCUGCCAGCUCUUUAACGUAUUUUCGUAGUUUGGCAAUUAAUUAUUGAGAGUAAUAUAUUUGUAAAAUAUUUGUAAUAUAUUUGUAUAAUGUAGCAAUUUUCUUCUUGUAUCACCCUAUGUUCUACUUUACCUUGCGUUCUCGUGUAAAACUGACUAAAUUUGUCGGUUCUGGGUCGUUUUCUACUUAAACUUUGUAUUUUAUUUUUAAAUUUAGGAAUUUCCUGUUUGUAUCACCCUGUAUGUUUGUUUUUCUUGAUUUCCUAUUAUAAGUUUUCUAAAUUUGAAUUCCCGACUAUUUUCUUUUUUGUACUAUUGAUUUUCUUUUUGUGAUGUUGUAAUUUCCUUUUUGUAGCACCCUGUAUAUUUGUUUUUCUUGUUGUCCGUGAAAAUUUAGCUUUAGUUGUUGUUUUAGGGUUUUCUUCUUUCCACUUUGAAUUUUCUAUUUGUAACACCCUGUAUAUUUGUUUCCAUUUUCACUCACGCAGAAAAUGGUCUAUUUCCUAAUUUCUUUAUCCCGGUAGUACUUUGCGAAGUGUAACUUGCUUGCAUGUGCGCGGCUAUGCAGGUCGUAAGUCCUGUUUCAAUAUGGCGACAUGUAUUCUGUUGACUUGUAAAAUAUAAACUUGUAUUCUAUUGUUAAUAAAGAAAUAGUAAAAUAUA